AUGGGGAAGAGGAAGUCGGCGAGCUCCAAAGCGGCGCCACGGAAGAAGAUGGAGAAGCUAGAAACGACCUUCUGCUGCCCGUUCUGCAGCCACGCCGCCGCCGUCGAGUGCGUCAUCGACCUGGAGCAGGAGAUUGCCACGGCGUCGUGCUACGUCUGCCAGGAGAGCUACUCCACCGUGCCCGACACGCUCACCGAGCCCAUCGACGUCUACAGCGAGUGGAUCGACGAGUGCGAGCGCGUUAACGAGGGCGUGCCUCGUCGCCGCCGGCCCGUGGUCUGUAAGCGUUCCGCUGUUCCUGCGCAACCAAUGUGUGGCGGGCUGGCGGCGGCCGGCGGGCCAGAAUAG